UCAGGAGGCAGAGCUCUAUGUCUGCACCAUGUCCUGGGCUCCUGUUCUGCUGGUGCUUCUUGUUCACUGCACAGGUUGUGGCCCUCAGCCCGUGCUGAAUCAGCCACCGUUCGUGUCCUCGUCCCUCGGAACAACAAUCCAUCUGGCCUGCACCCUGAGCAGCGACCAUGAUGUCAGCAUUUAUAACAUCUUCUGGUACCAGCAGAAGCCUGGCCACCCUCCAAGAUUCUUGCUGAGAUAUUUCUCCCAUUCAAAUAAGAAACUGGGUCCCAAUAUUCCCCUGCGCUUCUCUGGGUUCAAAGACGUGGCCGAGAAUACUGGGUAUUUGACCAUCUCUGAGCUGCAGCCUGAGGACGAGGCUGUGUAUUACUGUGCUGUGGGGACCCAGAACUUAGAGAAGGAGAAGGAGAUGGAGAGGGAGAGGAAAGAAGAAAAGGGGCCUGAUGGUUCAGUGUCCCAGGCACCCCCGGACAUGCUUACCAUGAACUAAAGACAGAAGGGACACGCAUCCCCGUGGAGGGAGCAAGGAGGAGGAAGGGUGGUAUGCUGUGCAAAGCAGAGGCGAUGCUCCU